CUUCCGUGGGAUCCAAUGGAUAUGCCUCCUGUCCUUCCCACCCACAAACUCCGCAACAAAGCCCAACCACAACAGACAACACAACCAAAAUCUAGUGGUAUGAUGAUAACAAGACUGGAGGACCCAAAUGACUCCAACAAAUUCAAAACAUUUGCAACAAUGAAGCAGAUCCUACAGAUCCCCAAUCCACCACCCCCAAUCCCUCGACCUGCGUUACCACCACCCGACCCUUAUUUCCAUGUCGCUCCUCCAACUCCACUGAGGAGCUGCACCCUCUCUCGCCGAGACCUCGCCAUCACUGCUUCCUCGCUGCCCCUCCUCGUCUCCUCCUUUUGGUCUCGACAAGCUCAGGCCAUCGAAGCACCAACCGCCAGAAUCAGCACCCAAGAAGCAGAUUCUGCCACCGGUGACUGUGGCAACCAACCAGUUGCACAGAAGGCAUUCUUGGAUAUCUCCAUCGAUGGAGAACCCGUUGGCCGAAUCAUUGUCGGGCUCUAUGGAGACACCAUGCCCUUCGGGGCCUCCCGGUUCGCGACCUUGGUGACAGGCGCCGCAGGAAUUAGCUACAGGAGAAAGGAGUUUGUCAAGAUAGUUCCCAGUUAUAUCCAGCACGGGGGUGUGAGAUCAUAUGGCGUUGAUGCCGAGCUCGCAAAGAGGGCAGGAAGCAAUUUGGAGGCAGAUAACUUGGUGGAGGAGUGGGAAGCUUUGUGCAAGAAAUGCCCAGGAACAAAGAAUGUGGCCGGAUCGCUGGGACUUGUCAUCAGAGACCCAACAAAACCACCACCAAAAUUGAAGUUGGUUGCGAGAAAGGGCAAGCUGGAGAUUGAUGAAGAGGAGGUCAGGACAGACCCAAACGGAACCGAGUUCGUGAUCGCCAUUAACGAUUCUCCAGACCUGGAUGCAUCAACACUGGUAGUCGGAAGAGUGCUGGAGGGGAUGGAUGUGGUGGAGAAGAUCUCCAGGGUGAAGACCGUGCAGGAGAAUACCAGCUCCCCUUACUUCAGGGUGGCAAAGCUGAUUGGUGAUAAGAGGGCUGUUGUUGCCGAGAGAGGAUUUAACCGCCCAUAUUCCAAGGUUGUAGUCACCAAUUGUGGCUUAGCAGAUUAGAACAGUAACUUCGUUCUUGUUCUCAUCCUCUAUUCUCUCCCAUUUUGUUAUAGUUAUAGACGAUGAGAGAAAAAAGAACUGUUUGAUCCGUCA